UCAUCUGAGUGGGCUUGAUUGUUCCAUGCCUCUUUAAAAGUGAAGGCAGAAGGAGGACACAAGACUAGAGCAUGGGGACACAGCUACAUCUCGGGAUGUCCGGCACAGGGGACCUUCCUAAAGGAAAGCACCAGAAGCAUUCACAAAGGAAACGGACCAUGUUCACUGAGAAACAACUGGCCAAUUUGGAAUCCUUGUUCAGCAAGAACCCAUACCCCGCUCCCAGCCUUCAGAAAGAAAUGGCCUCGAAACUGGAGAUCCAUCCCACCGUACUGCAGGUGUGGUUCAAGAACCACAGAGCAAAACUCAAGAAAGCCAAACAGCAAUUAGCUGGAGCAGAAGUCAAGACCCGCUCUUCCAAGGGACCCAUGGAUGCCCCUCCAGGAUCCCCCCAUGGUGCCCACCAAGCCUCCCUGGUUUAUACAGAUCACCCAACACCUUCCUUCCAACUCAGCAUAUGCUCCAGUCUGAAGGUUCUCCCAGACCAUUCUGUUGGCCACAAAAUAGUCCACUUUGGCUGCUGCCGAGACCCUAACAUCUACUCCCUUUGUCCCAUUAUGGAAUCUCAAAUUCUUCCCACAAGCUUCACUGCUUAUUCUCUUGGUUUUUCAUCUCCACAAAGAACUUAAUGAGCAAAGCCAGAUGCAAAAGGUCACAUACUGUAAUGAUUCACGAAGAUUCCCAUAAGAGAGAUUCAAGAUCCAUGCAACCUGGAUGCAUUCCAGAAACACGCUCCGUGAAACAAAAGAAAGACACACAAGUGCCUGUUGGGUAGAACUGAGUGGAGAGAGGCACUCAACAAACUUACAGUGACAGGAAUGUUUUGUGUUGUAAUUAGGAUGACAGGAACCUGCACUAAAUUCACCCAAAGACACAGAAUGGCAAUACUGUAUUACAUACACCACAAAAAGCAAUCAGGGGCAGGAUGAAGGUGCCAGCCAUGGCGGUAAUCAUUUUGCAAUCUAUAAAUGUAUCAAAUCAAUGCACUGUACACCUUAUACUUGUAUCUCAGUCAAGCUGGAGACAAUGUUUAAGUUCUAUCUCAAUAAACAUAUACAAUGAGACUAUUAAAAAAAAAAAAAAAAGUGAAGGCAGAAGGAGUCAGGAGCCAAGGAAUAUGGGUGACCUCCAGCCAGAAGCUGGAAAUGACAAGGAGAAAGAACUCUCUAGAGCCUCCAGAAAAGAACACAGCCCUGCUGACAACUUGAUUUCAGUCCAGUGAGCCCUGUUUCAGAAACGAACUGACAGAACUGUGAGAUGAUAAACUCAGGUUGCUCUAAGCCACGAGGUGGUGAUUUGUGACAGUAGCAUGGCCAGUGAAUAGGGUAAGGGACAUCAUGCCAUGUGUGGGCAGAGGUGCCAUAGAAGGUGUCUGCACCAAGUUCUGGAAGGAAGGUGAAAAUUAAUUAGGUCGGAAGGGGAAGGUUUGUGGGAAUGGGGAGAGGGGAGGAUGGAUAUUUAAGGUAAAAGAAGUAAAAAGUAGGAAAAAAAUAA